UCUCUCUCUCUCUCUCUCUCUCACACACACACACACACACAAACACACUCACUUACUUAGCCACCAGAAACCCGUCAACUUCGUGCCCUGUUGAUGACUUGAAAGACAGUCUCCUCUUCCUGUGAAAAAAUGCCUCGCUCUUUUCUUGUCAAAAGCAAAAGGACAGGCUCUUAUGUGGCACGGGCUACCCGUUACCUUGCCACUGAAGUUACUGGACAGCUUGAGGACUCACAACGGCCCAGCAGGAGCAGCUCACCUGAUGGCUCAGAGCUCCACCCAAGACCUGCAGUAGCCAUUGGUGCAGUGUGCCACCCCUCUGUUCACAACCCCAACUUUCAGACUGAGAACUGGGCCCUCUGUUCGACAGAGCAGUCAAGCAUUGAGAACGGGCGCCCCUUGCUGACCAGGUCCAUGUGGUUGCCGGGCCGCCCAGGAGACAGAGACCAGGAGCUUGAGCGGCUGGUGCACGCGCUACUGACCCACAGACUACGGGUCAAUGUCAAAACGCCGCUGUGUGAAUGUCCCCUCUGCGAGAAGGUGCUGACGUCCGCUGUCGGCUUGGUGACGCACUUGCGCCGGUCCCACGUUAACAGAGUUACUGUCCCUUUCACUGGGCCGGGCAGUGCACAGCAUUAUGGGCUACAGGCUCCUGCUGGAUUCUAUGGCAGAGCUAAAGAACGCAGUUUUGGCUGUAAGGUGUGUGGGAAGGUGUUUAAGCGUUCCUCCACCCUGUCCACCCACCUGCUGAUCCACUCGGACACGAGACCGUACCCCUGCCAGUACUGCGGCAAGAGGUUCCACCAGAAAUCAGACAUGAAGAAACACACCUUCAUACACACAGGCGAGAAGCCCCACGUGUGUGUGGUGUGCGGUAAGGCGUUCAGUCAGAGUUCCAACCUCAUCACGCACAGCAGGAAGCACAGUAGCUACAGGCCCUUCAGCUGCCUGCACUGCCCACACACCUUCCAAAGGAAAGUGGACUUGCAGCGCCACCUGGAGACGCACUGUGGGGGCAGCGACGCUGUGCCCUAUCCGGCCAGCUGAAGAGUGGAGGCAGCCCAAACCACCUGUGCGCUGACUGCAGACAGAACUGUGUGUGUGUUUGUGACCAAGUUUGAACCAGGGACCAAAAUGUCUUGGAGUUUUGUUCAAAAUGUGUUUUUGUUAUUGUAAAUGAACA